ACUUUAAAUAGAUCAUGUGACUGAUAACAGUGUGUAACUAUUUAAAAGAACACUACUUUCAGUUUUGAGCACAACAUUAAUCUAAAGUUCAAAAUGAGGAUUUUAUCAUUAUUUCUAGUGUUUGUGAUACUGUACAACAAAUGUGAUGCGGACACUCCUGCUAAUUGCACGUAUGAAGAUAUAGUAGGAACAUGGAUAUUCCAAUAUACUCAGAUUGAUGGUGACAACACAAUUAACUGUACCACGGAGACAAACUAUGUUUCUGCUGUAAAAUUGACACUCGAUUUCCCAGAUUUAGCCGUAGAUCAGGAUGGAAAUACAGGUUUCUGGACAUUGAUCUAUAACCAGGGAUUCGAAGUUGUUAUUGGCGGUAAAAAGUGGUUUGCUUUCUCUUCUUACAAGACGUAUGGACAUACGGUGGCGAGUAUGUGCCAUCUCACAUUCCCUGGCUGGGUGCAUAACACAGAUGGACGCUCGUGGAACUGUUACGUUGGGGUGAAACCCGAAACCACAAACAUAGACAAGCUAGGCCAGGAGCACAACAUUCAAGGGAAGUCUGCCUUCAGAAAUUCGGAAAGCUUUGUGAAUGGAAUAAAUUCCAACCAGUCCCUGUGGAAAGCUACCAGCUACAGACAAUUUGAAGGCAUGCCUAUGGAAGAUAUUAUCAAAAUGGCGGGUGGGAAAGGGUCGGCUAACGCCUUUCCUAAGUGUGCCCCAGUUGAAAAGAAGCAUUUAAAAGUUUCGAAUCUGCCAAAACAAUUUGAUUGGAGGGACCAGAACGGCGUUAACUAUGUUUCACCAGUAAGGAAUCAAGGCUCUUGUGGAAGUUGUUACGCCUUUGGAUCAAUGGCGCUGUAUGAGGCUAGACUCCGUAUAGCGACAAAUAAUACGGUACAAAAAGUAUUCUCCACACAGGAUAUAGUCAGCUGCUCACAGUAUUCCCAAGGGUGUGACGGAGGUUUUCCAUACCUUAUUGCCGGGAAAUAUGGUCAAGACUUUGGUAUUAUUGAAGAAGAGUGUUUCAAGUAUACAGGAGAGGACUCUCCAUGCAUACAGACUUCUUGUAAACGUUAUUAUACACGUGACUACUACUAUGUGGGCGGGUUCUACGGUGGGUGUAACGAACCGUUAAUGAGGGAGGAGCUAGUGAAAAAUGGACCAAUAGCUAUCAGUUUUCAAGUUUACAAUGAUUUUGUUCAUUACAAGAGUGGUAUUUAUCACCAUGUUGACCUGCUGGACAAGUUUAACCCAUGGGAGAUCACAAACCACGUUGUUUUAAUAGUAGGUUACGGGGAGGAGCAGGGUGUUCCGUACUGGAUCGUGAAGAACUCCUGGGGCACAGACUGGGGAGAAGAUGGGUUUUUCAGAAUUCGUCGGGGAAAUGAUGAAUGCAGUAUAGAAAGCAUGGCAGUUGGCAUCGUUGUUGAUCCGAUCACAUCUUAACAUUUUUUUCCACAAAAUAUUGAAAUUGACACGGAAUACUGUGAUACAUUUUUGCAAUGGUUGUUGUUGUUUUUUGCACUGAUGAAGUGAUUGUAUCUAUGACAUAUUUAAUACUCUAUCAUCAGCUUGUGUUUAAAUUACUAGUAUUAUUUUAUGUUCGUUUCCAUUGCUGUGUAAUAGCAGUAAAAAAUCUUGAAUUGUUAA